AUGAAGCGGGGAAGAGAAGACGAAGAGAGUUCGCGACAUGAUGAAGAUGACGGGAAGAAUGGGGGGAGUGGUGGAGAAGGCGAGGAGAAGAAGGAAGCAAGAAGCAGGGGAGAUGAGGGUGACGGUGGUGGGGAGCCCGCGGGGGACCAUGUUAAGACGGCAUCGUCUCAGGUUGGGGUAGAAAGGGGGAAACGGGAGAGUGGAACAAGCGACCAAGAGAAGGUUAGGGAAAAGGAGGAGGAGAGAGAGGAGGAUGAGGAUGAGGAGGACUGUGUUAAGAUCGAAGAAGAUAAUGACGAGGAUGUUAAGAUAGAGGAGGAGAAGGAGGAGUGUAUUGAUCUUUUGGACGAAGAGGAGGAUGAUGGCGGUGACGAUAACGAGGCGGCUGAAAUCGAGGAUGUUUCGGAGGAGGAAGGACCAAGGAAGGUGAUGAAGCUGAGCGAAGCUGCGAGGAAAUCGCGGAAGCGUGACGUGGCGGAACGGGCGGGGGGCGGGGAGGAGGGUGCAGAGGACGGGAAGGGGGAGGGACUGGCGAAGAAAAAAAGAAGGAAAUUGGGGAACGGGAAAGUGGGUGAUAUGGAGAGGAGAGAAGGGGGGAAGGGCAGCGAGGUUCCAAAAGACGGGGGCGACGGGGGUAUGCAUGAGGGAGACGGGAACGAGGAAAGACAGGAGGAGAAGGAGCGGAGAGAGGAGAGCAGUGAUGGUAGAGAACCGAGAAGAACCGAGAAGGAUGGGAAGGGGGAACGUAAUCAGGACGAGGGACGGGAGGGGGAGCAACGACAGGAAGAGAAGGAAGAGAAGGAGGAGAUGGGAGAGAAAAAAGGGGAGCAGACGGGGGAGCAGAAGGGGGAACAGACGGGAAGCAUGGUAACCCGCAAAAAAGACAUAUCAUACGUUCUUAUUGACUUAAAGCCACGAGAGCAGACUAAGAAGACAGGGGGGAGCAGGGAUAGCAAGGGGGGAAGCGCGGGGGAGAACGGUGGGGGAGGGGGAAGCGGCGGUGCGGGAACGCCUGGGAAGGAGGAGGACGGGGGGAGUGACGAGCAGACGAAAAAAGUAGGGGCGGGUGGGGAGGCUGAUGGGGCAGGUGAAAAAGCAGGUGUGGGGGGGGCAGCGCGGACGGCAGAAGGGGGGAAGAAGCGGAAAGGCCUCCCCCCACGCUCUAGGAAAACGGGCAAGAAGGGGGGAGGGAGAGGGGGGGCGCAUGGGGGGGCCAAGGGGGGGCUGGCUGGUGCAGGGGCAGCUGGGGGAGGGCUUAUAACGGGGAUGGGGGACAAGAGGAAGGAGGCGGAUCUGGUGAAGGUGGUACCUGCGCCCAAGGGGUUGGAGAUCGAAGAUGGGCCUGAUAAGCCGGUUGUCUUAUCACGAGUGUUCCGGGCGGCACAGAUCCAGUUGAGUGAGGAUCGGUCAUCAGCGACGAGCAGCAAGGGCUAUCGCAUGGUUCUAGCAACAAGGGGAGUGCUGGAAGGCGCGUGGUAUUUCGAAAUCCACAUGCAGCAUCUGGGGCAGUCAGGGCACGCCCGCAUAGGCUGGGCCACACAGCGCGCCGACAUGCAGACUCCAGUGGGGUUUGACACGUGGGGCAAGCGGGCGCCGGGGUACGUGGAGGGCGACGUGAUUGGCUGCUACAUCAGCCUGCCAGGUGGCGCCAGGCUGGCGCCCAAGCCGCGGCCGCUGGUGACGUGGAAGGGGCAGCCGUGCUACGUGGAGAGUGAGGAGAGCGCUGCUGGCGGGCCUCCCGUGCCUGGGAGUGAAAUCGCGUUCUUUCGCAACGGGGUGUGUCUGGGCACGGCGUUUAAAGACAUUCCAGCGGGCAGAUACUUCCCGGCAGCUUCCCUCUUCACGCUGCCCGACCAAUCAGAGGGCGCCACCGUGCGCUUCAACUUCGGGCCGAAAUUUUUGCACCUGCCCAAGGACUGGGGCAGCCGGCCUGUGCCGGGAGUUUUUUCAGCUGCCCCCCACAUUCCUGCUUCGGAGUACGAAGCUGACCUUGGGGAGGGGGAGGGGAAGGAGGAGGGGGAGGGGGAAGGGAAGGAGGAGAAGGAGGGGAAGGAGGGGGAGGGGAAGGAGAAAAAGGAGGAGGGGAGAAAGGAAGGGAGAGAACUUAAGAAGGAGAAGGGGGAUGGUGAUAGUAAGGAGAGUGGAAUAGUGAAGGAUGAGAAAGAGGAGGGUGAAGGUAAGGAUGCGAAACUAGAGGGUGGGGAGGAGGGAGAGGGGGAGGAGGAUGAGAAGAAUGGUGAGAUGGAGGAGGAAGAAGGGAAGAAGGUGAAGGAAGGGAGGGAGGAGAUGGACGGGAAAGUGAAAGGGGAGGGGGAUAGUGUGGAUGAUAGGGUGGGGAAGGUGAACAACAAGAGUGGGGUGCAAGAGGAGAGUAAGGAGGGAGAAACGGGGAGUGGGAGGAAUUUAGAGGAGGGAGAGGGGGAUAGGGAGAGUGGCAGAGGGAGCGACGAUGCGAUGGAGAAGCAAGGAGGUGGAGAAGAUGGGAAGGGGAGUGAAGGCGGAGCAGGAGGUGAAAGGAGGGAUGAAAAGGCAACCAAUUAG